CUCCGAUUUUGAGAACUCCAAUGGAGGCGGUACUCGUUAAUUCUGUAGAGAGAAGUCUGAAUCAAAUGCUGCACAGAAACGCCAUUUUCCUCGGCGAACGCCUCUGCGCUGAGUUCCCCUCUGAGGAGAACUUUCAACUACUGGCUAGAUGUUAUUUGAACAACAAUCAGGCUUAUUGUGCGUAUCACAUUCUAAAAGAUAAGCAAAGCGUUGAGUCUCGCUACUUGUUUGCAAUUGCAUGCUUUGAGAUGGAUCUUCUUGGUGAAGCUGAAGCUGCAUUGCUGCCUAUUGAAGAGCAUAGUGCAGAGAUUCCCAAUGGUGCAGCAAUUCAUUAUCUUCUCGGGCUUAUUUAUAGGUACACUGAUAGGCGGAAACAUGCAGUUGAACAUUUUAGGAAGGCUUUGUCCAUUGAUCCACUGCUGUGGGCAGCAUAUGAGGAACUCUGUUUAUUAGGUGAGGCAGAAGAAGCUACUUCUAUCUUUGGAGAAGCGGCUGUUCCUGGUGUUCUAAAGUAUUUUCAAUGUAAUGGUAAUGGAUCAAGUUACUUGAAAACAGCCAAUGAAGAUCAAAGUUCUAGUUCUGGAUUUGCUGGGCAUGUUAUACAUGGUUUUCCUCCUAAUGUAUCACUUUACAACACUCCUUCACCACUGCCAGCACAACUGCCAGAUACUGCUCCACCAGCUCCAAAUAGAAAUGUUCCAGGAGGUGAAGACUCCCUAAGAUCUCUGACUCAUGCUCCCCAAAGGAAAAUUAUUCAUGAAGAGUUAAUGAAGGUUCCUGGAACUUUAUUCUCUGAUUCAAGGCCUCGCCGAAGUGCACGACUAGCUGAACGGAGAAAUUUGAAUACCACACAAGAGACAGGAGAUGGAACAAACCGUAUUUGCAUGUUGCCAUCAAAAUCAAACUCCAGGAUUCAUUCCUCAACAGUUUGCAAAUGUCAGCCUGACAAUGUUGAAGAAGUGGGGAAAUGGCUGGAAAAUCAUGCUGCUGCGAGUUCAGAAUGCAGACCGAUUUCUUCAAGCACAUCUGUGUUAUCGGAUGGUAAAUGCAGUCAGUGUGAGAUGGCAAUCAUGAAACCAUCAAGCCUUAUUACUGAUAGUUCAACAGUCAUAUCUGGAAUCUUAGAUGUAAUGAGCCUGUUGAGACUUCUUGGGGACGGCUAUAAGCUUUUAUGUACAUAUAGAUGUCAGGAUGCAUUGGAUGUGUUUCAAAUGCUCUCACUAAAGCAGUACAAUACUGCUUGGGUCCUCUCCCAGGUUGGAAAAGCAUAUUUUCAUCUUGUGGAUUAUUUGAAGGCUGAUUAUGCAUUUAGUCAUGCACAUCAAAUAUCUCCUUACAAUUUGGAAGGGAUGGAUAUGUAUUCAACAGUCCUAUACCAUUUGAAAGAAGAUGUGAAACUGUGCUUUCUAGCUCAGAAGUUGAUGUCAAUUGAUCGAUUAGCACCACAGUCCUGGUGUGCUAUUGGAAACUGCUACAGCUUGCAAAAGAACCAUGAAACUGCUGCAAAAAAUUUCUGUCGAGCUGUGCAACUGAAUUCAAGAUUUGCAUAUGCUCACACCCUUUGUGGUCAUGAGUAUGCAGCAUUGGAGGAUUAUGAAAAUGCAGAGAAGUGCUAUCAGAGUGCCCUUAGAUUCGAUAUGAGACAUUAUAUCUCCUGGUAUGGUCUUGGAAUGAUCUAUCUUCGUCAAGAAAAAUUUGAAUUUGCUGAGCACCAUUUUCGACAGGCUUUCAAGAUAAAUCCUCAUUCUUCAGUUAUCAUGUGUUAUCUUGGACUUGCCUUAGAAGCAUUAAAGAGAAGUGAGGAAGCUCUGGUGAUGAUGGAUAAAGCAAUUACCACAGAUAAGAAAAAUCCUCUACCCAUGUACCACAAAGCAAGUAUAUUGGUGACCCUUGGAAACUUCAAUGAAGCUUUGGAAGUUUUGGAGGACCUCAAAGAGCUUGCUCCCCAAGAAAGUUGCAUCCAUGCAUUGAUGGGUGAAAUUUAUAAACGAUGUCAAAUGUAUGACAAGGCCAUGCUCCAUUUUGGAACUGCUUUGGAUUUAAAACCUUCUGCAUCUGAUGUUGCAAAACUAAAGGUUGCCAUUGAAAAGUUAAUUGUACCAGAUGAAAUAGAGGAUGAUGUGUAGUACUUGCAGCUGUGUUCAACUGGAGAGAAAAUAUUGCAAAUGUUCGACAAUGUCUGAGGCUCUUCAACUUAGUUCACCAGUCAAUAGCAGUUAAAAAUUUUAGCAGCUUAAAUUCUGAACUCUUCUAAACUGUCAGGGAGCAUCUUCAGUUGAUUAAGAGAGAUUGAUUAACAUGCAAUGGAAUCCGGAGCAAGUCUUGACUAGACGCUGCCAUAGAUUGUACAUAUCCAUUUGUUUUACUGAUCAUUACUGCACAUAUCAUUUCUUCUCUCUCUCUCUCUCUUUUAAAAUUUUCAAAUUGUUAUAAUGACAAUUUGAUUUAUGUUGUUAAAGGCAGGAAUAAUACAAGGUUUGUUAU